AUGUCAUCCACCGAUACAUUUCAAACAGCCAUCGCCGAUCACGCCCACCGGCCGCUAUUGGGUGAUCAGCCAGCCACCGAACGACCGACGCCGUCUUCAAGACUGUCAUCAGUGUCAACAAAUAUGUCUAGUCAAUUCUCACAGAGUCAAGAUAAUUUGACGGUCUAUAGCUCCGAGCAACGGUAUUCGCGAUCAUCUUCCAGCGAGGCUGGUUCCAACCACACGUCAUCCCGGACUGUAACAGCUGAUGAUGUGACUCAACAUUCGGCGGAAGAACCCAGACCGUCUUACGAACUUUCAUCAGAGUCGACCCCCUUGUUACAUCGUCGUGAAGACGGAUUGACACUAUAUGGCACCGAGCAAAGAGCUUCACGAACGCCUUCAAUUUCAUCACGGGCACCGUCCGAAGGAGGCACAUAUAAGAAUAGAAGUCGAGUCCCCUGGCCGACCGUCAUUUCCCUCGUCACUCUGACGCUUGCUGUCUUGACAAUACUCGUGGUUGCCUUUGCUGCCCCUGCAGCAGUGCAGGAAUAUGGACAGCAAGCUGCUGUAUUCACACCCAAAUCCAUCUCGAUUGAUUCAACCACGCCAGAUGGCGUGAGAGCUCGGGUUCAAGGGGACUUUGUGAUGGACUCAAACCGGGUCAAAAACAAAUCGGUCCGAGGCAUUGGUCGGUUGGCCACCUGGAUUGCGAGGGAAAUUGAGACGAGUCCAUCGAACGUCGAAGUGUAUUUGCCGGAGUACGGCAACGUUCUCGUCGGGACCGCCGCACUCCCUACCAUUAAAUUCAACAUUCGGAACGGUCACCAUACUACCGUCGAUUUUCUUACCGACCUCGAGGCCGGGGAUAUCAGAGGAAUUCACGCAGUUGCCCUUGAUUGGAUCGAAGGGCGGUUGGGUCGCCUGAGUGUCAAAGGAAAAGCUUCGAUUUCACUCAAAUCGGGCUUGAUUGCUUUGGGAACUCAAGUCUUGACACACAACGUCAUCUUCGAAGAAGAUUUCCCCGCCUUGCCGGAGGUCGCGAUCCUUAAGCUGAAUGUCCAUGAUACCAACGCUGGGGCCAUGGCUGCUGAUAUCCUCGCGGAAGCCCUCAUUGAGUCGCCGGUCGAUCUCACUAUCCCUGCUCUAGGAUUUGAUGUCCUGGUUCCAAAUUGUUCACCUGGAGAUCCCUAUAUCUUGGUCGCCAAUUCGAAGACCAGUCAGAUACACGUGCAAUCUGGUCCCUUGCAGCCAACCAUGGCUGGUGUGGAGGCCAUCAUCAAGCAAUUGCCAGAGGAAUUGACCUCUAGCUGCCCCGGUAAAAGGGAUUCACCUCUGGACAUUCUGGUUUCGAGCUUCAUGCAAGGGCUUGAAACCACAAUAUAUGUCCGUGGUUCUGACGCACCAUCUCCAGACACCCCGGCCUGGAUGGUCGAUUUGCUACGCAGUGUGACUGUGCCUUUACCAUUCACCGGCCGCGCAUUGGAUAAUCUGGUGAAGAACUUCACCAUGUCUGAUACUCAUUUCUCUCUUCCGGACCCAUUUGCGGAUCCCGACUCCCCAGAGGCGCAACCCACUGUCUCUGCGUUGGUCAAGGUUCUUAUUGCUUUGCCGGAAGAGAUGAACUUCCAGGUCGAGGUUCCACAGGUUCGCGCCCUCGCAGACGUCUUUUACAAAGAUGAGAGAUUUGGUGUUUUGAAUAUCAGCAAGUGGCAAGACGCCAACUCUACGAUUGUUGAGGACCAAGAUGGCUCUUCUGCUCUCCUUGUGGAGUUCGCAAUGAAAGAUGCCCCAUUGGAGGUCACUGACGAUGGCCUCCUGGCCGAGGUUAUCCAAGCCAUGCUGUUUGGAAGCAAAGGGGUCGAACUUCGCGUUGCCGCCACCGUAGAUACAAAGGUCUCCACGGCCCUGGGUCGCUUUGCUGUGCGAGGCAUUCCCGCAGAAGGGAAAUUUCCAGUGAAGACUUCCGUCGGAAAUCAACUUGGCCAAGUGAACCCGCGUGUGGUAUCACUGCAGCUAGAAGACACAACUACAUCCUCCAUGGUGGUCUCUACGUUGGUGAAUUUCACCAACCCGACCCAAUACACGGCCACGGUUCCAUUCAUUGACUUGCUUGUACUGUAUAAUGACACGGCCGUCGCUCAUAUCGUCGCUCAGAACCUGUCAAUAAUUCCCGGCAACAACACCUACGUGCCCGUUGGCUUGCAUUGGUGCCCUUUGGCCUCAAGUGGGCCGAAUGGAGUUGAGGCUGGACGGACUCUGCUCUCAUCAUAUAUAUCGGGUCUCAACACGACGGUGGCCCUAAAAACCCAUCGGGAAACGAUCCCAAGCCUCCCGCAUCUAGGCGAAGCCCUCUCAGUUCUGAACAUCACCGUCCCAGUUCCUCAAAUAAACUCUCCAGCUUCUCCGGGGAGCGGCGAUGAGAGCAAGCCGCACUUUAUCCAAGAUGCAACGUUCUACCUUUGGUCCUCAGCAGCACAGUUCACGCUCGCUUCACCCCUCACAGAAACAGAUGUUGUUAUAACUUCCAUCGAUGCCACGGCAUAUUACGAGCAGAAAGAGCCUAUUGGUCGGAUCAACAGCCACGAUCCUUUCAAAGUUCCCCCGGGCAUAUCUCAGUCCCCUCGUCUCCCUGUCGAUCUCAACAUGGGUGGUGUUGGAUACGAUGCUUUGCGAAAAGCACUGGGCCAGUCGUUGGAGAUGGAUGCCAUUGCCAAUGUUGGGAUUCGGAUUCAAAACUACGUGGAUGUCAUUCUUUAUCAUGGGAAGGGAAUUGCGGCCAAAGUUCGAUUCUAG